CGAUUUCUCAGAUCUGAAGAAAGAAAGCUAAUGGCCGCCCAUGCCUAAUCAUCACGAAACAGCUGAUGUGCGUCGUUUAACACUUCGAUGAAAUUUUGUGUUUAACUCGUCGCAUUGUGGGAAAUUACUUAGAUGAUACGAUACCUAACUUACACUCUUUUCUGGAAACCAGGAUGUCACUGACCAUACAGCAAAUUAUUUUGGAUGCAAAAAGACUAGCAGGUCGUCUUAAAGAACGGGAGACUGAAGCGGAUGCUUUAUUAGCUGAGACUCAAACAGCUUACAGGCAAAUACAUACUAUGAAACAGUACAAAGAAGAAGUGGAAACAUUAAAUGAAGCUGCAAGGGAAAGACCAAGAGGUGCACUAAUUGCUAGUAUAGAAAGAGAGUCUCGUCUGAUGAGGGAUGUGCAACGUGAAAAUGGUGAAUUACGUGCAGCACUUGAGGACCACAGGCGAGCAUUAGAGCUGAUCAUGUCAAAAUAUCGCCAACACACUGAGAAAAGAAUAUGGGAAUCAAGGAUAGAUUUUACAGCUGCUAUAAAUGAGAAACAACAAGAGCUAAUUCGUCAGCAAGCUGAACGUAUUAACGAGAUGACCAGUAUCAUGUACAAAGCUGUGAAUAUGGAUGAUAAUGGUGAUUCCAGAAAAGAAGAAGAGCUUUACCAAAGGCUUAUUACUGAGAAUAAGGGUUUGAGGGAAAUGCUGGAUUUAUCGAGGCGGUACGGUUCAGACCGCGCGUGCGCGCCACCCACUGAGGACAAGGAUGUGCAGACAGAUGGGCCGCCACUGACGGGCGCGUGACGACCCGCGGUGAAGCCCUGCCGUCUCUGAACGCCGCCACGGAUAGGUACUACUAAUGAAAGUAGUAACUGUUUACCAGUUAACUAUCCCAUUGUGCUAUUCCUUGAUUGUUAUAUUGUUAUUUUUGAAUGAUUAUUAAAAUAUUAUAUUCAAUAUAAAUAGCUUUUUAAAACCAGAAAUCGAAGCAUAUAAUCGUACAAUUUAUGCCAUUUUUCGGCGAUAUUUUGUGCGCCUUUAAUUAUAGUUUAAUAAAAAUAAAAUCUAAUUAAGGGCUUCACUACUAAUACCUACCUUCUACCUUUCUACUACCUUCAGGUAAUAGUGCGAAUUAUGGGUCUAAAUUUCCCUACAUUGUUUUAUAUACACAGUUAGGUUUAACAGUUGUCCACUAUGUUGAAUGCUUUAUAUUUGUUUAUAAUAAUGACUUUUCUACAACUAGGUAGAAGCACAACAUUCGGCUCCGCACAUGUGAAAGUCUACUUCUCCCUUACUUCGCGUUGUUCCGAGCUGGCGUUAAUUCACCUAACGUUCUCGGUGAAUUCUGAUGUGCGGGCGAACCGUUCGUUAUAUCGACCAUUGUCGUCGUUCUGGUAUACAACUUUUCACAUACAUUUUGGAUGAUUGUCUUUUGACAUUUAAAGGUAUUUCAUGUUUCGUAUUUUGUAAAAAGAUUAUGACAAACUACAGCGAAUAGGAACAAUAUAGCUAUAAUAUCAGAAGUUUCAGUUUUUUUUUCUAAAAUCAAAUAACAAAUUGUAAUUAAGUAUAAUAAUAUUAUGUAAUCUUUUAAAUUUGAACUAAUGUUAGAACGUUUCAUAGUGAUCAACUGUAUUACCAAAUCACUUGAUGUGGCAGAAACUGUGAUCUUUAAUAUGAGCUAUUGAGUUGUGAAAGUUUGUUCAAAUGCUUGUCGAGUGAAUAUUUUAUAGACGGUGUUAUAUCGCUCUGUUCGACGUCAUUGUCUGUAUGCUUCACUUAAUUUUUACUAGGAUAGUUCCUUUCCAGUAGGUAAAUACAUUUUGCUCAUUAUUAAUUUCAGUUACUUAUUAAUACUAUAAUACUCAUUAUACACCUACUGUUGUUGCGACAGAAUCAUUGUAAAAAUAUAUUCUUUUUAUUUUGUAUAAUUUUAGAUAAUCUACUCGAAUAUUAUCAAAAUCCAUUAAUUGUUACAAGUGCAGUCCCAUUAAAGAUUAAUCAUUGUACCAUCAAAAGAAGCGUUGCUAAUUGAUAGUAUCCAAUAGUCAGUCACUUUCUAAAUUGAGAAAAGUAUAUAUUUCAACAGAUUAUUCUUUAUAACCCAACUUUUACGUUUCAUAAGUAAAAAAACGAAAACCUGUUUAAGUGACGUUUAAUACAGUUUGAGACAUUCUUAACUAUAAAUUCUCAAUUCAGAAACCGGGUAAAAAAUCAUAUACCUACAACUGAUCUUUGAUCAAGACUAUACUAGAUAAUUUUGUCACUUGCUUCGAAUAUAUUAGUGUUGUUAUAAGUUCAAUACUAUAUAAUUUCUGAAUGACUAUAAUACUAUCAAUUCAUUAUGAAUAGUUUUGAAAUUUUUAAAAUUUUAUGAGUACUUGGUGUGACUGUGAGCAUAUCGACG